UUUCUAUCUCUCACUCUCCUUUCCUCUCUGAAAUCAAUAAAAAUAUAUAAAACAAUAGGUGAAGUAAUAUAUAUUAGAUAAAACUGGAAGACAGAUGACAGGGAGUCAUUCUUCCAAUCAGACUGAUGAUGUCACUGGAGAAAAGAAGGUCAGUUGGAACCUGAUGUCCGGCAGUUACCAGAAGCUGUUGCUAAGCAUAGGCACUCAGGAGCUGCCCUUCACUCUAAAGCAGCCAACAUCACGUGUCCAAGCUCGGGUACUGGAGACGUAGGACAUCUUUGUUACUGACGAAGUGGUCCAAAUGGAGAUGGACAAGCCCCCACAGCUGGUGACUCCUGCAUCAGUGAAAGCCAUCAUCUCGAGGAUUGAGGCCGCCCAGCUAACUCGGGCUCAGGAGGAUAUUUCUUCCCAGCUCACUGACAUCUUGGACAAUGUCAAUUGUGUCAUCAACCGCUUCCAGGAAGAAUUGGGAUAUGACUUAAAAGAAAAAGCAAGAUCUCACCAGAUGGAGCAAAAGGGCAAGACGAGAUUCAUCUUGCUGGAGAAAAUUGCCUCCUUCUCCAAAGAUGCUAAGACUAAAGAGAAGCACUUAUACGAAAUUCUCCACUGGCUGGGUGACUGGGGUGACAGUCUGACCUAUGAGAUCAACAACAGGCACAGUGAGAAGGAAGAGGAAGGCCUGGACGAAUGGAUUGAGGUGAUGGAAAAAUUGUUACCUCUUUCCCUCAUCAGCACCAAAGGAGGCAUCGAGUCUCUCAUUUCCCUUUGCUCCACUCUCAUUGAAGGACAAAAGAAAAGGGCACAAAUGUCCAAACACACAUUGUGGCAAAGCUGGCGAGAACAAAACCUACAAAAAUCGACAUCCUGCCCUCAGCCACUGAGCCCAGAACAGAUGCUCCAGGACAAGAAUGCUACCUGUGCGAGGGUUUCUGAGGUGCGGUUCAUGCUGCAGGAACUUCUGGACUCCACCAUGUUCAACCAGGAAGAAGUCAGGGCCAUCAGGUACAUGUCUGCUGUGGUGGAGAACCUCAACAAGGCCUUGAUCCUCCAGCACAAUGAGAACAGGAGCCUGCAAACCAAACAGCGGCAACUGAAAAUAGAUCUGACCAAAGAACUCAGUAGCCAGAGGGUGUACUUCCAGCACUCCCUCCAAGCCCUUGAGAAAAAGAGGGAUGCCCUAACAAGACAGGUAGAAGCCCUAGGGGAAAAGAACCAUGACCUUCUCCUGAUAAAGCAUGCCUUAGAGCUUCAGCUGAAGAAGCCUCAGUCUGCUAGAGGUGAAGCUGACACUCUGGGCCCACUUGAAAAAGAGGCUCUCCCAGAGAAAGAAUCGGCCAUGGAGGAAAGCCAACGUGAAGCCAAGAAGGAGGAGCAAUUGUUUUCACCACUUUCCCCAGAUUCCACCAUGACUGCGCAUUCAAGGGUCACAGAUGUACACAGCAGCAGAGACAAUGAAAGUCUUCAGCUUGUGUUGCCAUCCUCAGUGGAUCACAAGUUUCCUAACAAAUGGGAAGUAAUGUUUGCAAAGAGCCCAGGCCAUAAAGUCAGAGACCAGAAGGACUUCAUCCAGGAAGCAGCCCAGGAGAAAGAAGAACUCCAAAUUAAGUCCCAGGUUAGGGAGCAGCUGUCUCCAGAGAGCUCCAGGACGGUGGCGUUGGAGAGCAAAGGGGAGCACUGGGAAGAGGAACUCAGCUGGGAGAGGCGGAGGCAGCAGUGGCUGGAGCAGGAGGAACUAUGGCUGCAGCGGCAGCAGAAGUGGGCCCUGCUGGAGCAGGAGCAUGAGGAGAAGCUGAGGCAGUGGGCGGUGCAGGAAGCGGCAAAGGAACAGCAGGAGAGAUUGGUCCAGCAGAAAAAGGAGGGAGGGGGCCCUCGGAGAGAGCUGGAGCAGCCAGGCAAGGACGAGGAGAUGAUCUUCGUGCCCACCAAUCGAUGGAGGGACUUGGAAAAGGCAUCACCAUCCCCUCCCCCAAGCCGAACCCAAUCUGCUGGCCAACGUAGGAGGCCACACUUGCCCAGGACCCCUAAUACCCAGAAGACUGCCCUAGGAAAUCAAAGGAUCAAGAGUUCACCCGAGUUUACUCUGAAACCAUGGACCCAACGGGUUCCCGCGAAGACCAAGAAAUCAGCUUCUGUUCCUAGCACAGGGGCAUCUGUCCGAAAGGCGACCCAGUCCUCUUUGCAUAUAUCCUCCGUAACUCUAAACAAGAAGGAAUACCACAUGGAUAUGGAGGCCCAGAGGAAAAACCUGCAGGUCCUGCGUGAGAAUGCUAAGCAGGGGCUGCCCAACUACCUGCACAGCGAGGCACUGAAUCUUACCACUACCAGCAUGGAACUGACCAAACUUAGGCUGCAGAGCCUGUGCCAUAAAUACAUCAUCUACAGAUGCUUCCAGAGCCUCCGACAAGAAGUGAUCAACCACAUACAAACCAUGCGGGAAACCAAGGCUACCUACAAGGCCCAGAGUCUCUACGUCUUCCUGGAGAACAUCGACCAGCUGCAGGACCUGCGCCUGAAGGUCUGGACGGACAAGCAGAAGGACCUGGAGGAGAAGCGCCGAGACUGCCUGAGCAGCAUGGCAACCAUGUUCCCCAAGAUCAAGCAGGAGUGGAACAUUCAUCUGCACACCCCUGUGGUCACCUCCCCAAAGUCAAGGAAAAGCAAGCCACCCCCCUCCUUACUCCGGCGUGUCCACUCUAGCAGCCCCCUCAGGAAGCAGCCCCCAGAGCAUCUUCCAUCCAAGCACCAGAAACGUGUGCCUCUGCAGACGGCCCGCCCACAGAGGAACCAGAUGGAGACUGUUUGGAAGACUGAUGUGGCCUCCUCUAGCCACCCAAUAGAGAAGUGCCCAGAUGUUCCCCAGCUAUUGGCACUGGAUGUGCAUUCCUCCUUCCAUAAAAGCUUGACGUCCCUCAAGGCCCGUGUCUCAGCAACCCAAAGAAAGGAACACCAGGAGCCCUCAAAUGUGUCUGCUGAACUUGUUCAUAAAAAGUCAAGUGAGUCGCUCCCUGGAGCCCUGAGAAGCCAGAAGGAUAGAGACAAUCACAGUCCCAAUCCUUCCCUUAGUCAGUGAUCCUCAAACUUUAGGGUGACUAAAAUCACAUGGCAACUUGUUCCAAAUUCUGUUCCCAGCUGGUAUUUUUUUCAAUAAACACCCGGGAUGUUGCUAAGUAGUCGUAGAACUUUGAGAAAUUCUACUUUCCUCCUCCACUCCCCGAAUUGUAUAAUUUAAUAAAAUAGAGGUAUGUUUAUUUUUUAAUUUUUCUGUCUCAUUGCUGAAACCUACAUCUUCCCAAUUAAUUUUAGGAACCAGGUCCCUGACCACCUGGCCACUGACCUGAACACCAAUCAGAGAAGACUCCCCAAGUGUUGUCUCUGUCUUUCUGGAAUCAGGAGGCCGAGAUGGCCAUGAUUAGUGCCUGGUAUGCAGUAGGGGUGAGGAAUCUUGAAUGAAUCAAUGACAUGGGCAAAUAAAGAACUGAAAUAGUGAUGAUUAGCAUGAAAGCACAGAGGAUAAAAACAAAAGAAAAUACCUCAUGCAAGUCAGAGCCAAGUGUCACUGUGUGGGAGGCAAAGGUGAGUCUCAAGACUGAUGGCAAAAGUGGCAGAAAUGGAGAUAGGGAGGUGCCAAAUAAAGAUGGUGUGGGCUAAGGAGGCCAUCUCUGACAAUUGUCUGUCAGUUCAGUUAAGACACUCCUUUCCUUAGUUCAUUCAGCUAAAGAGCCCUGUCCCACCCUCCCUGUUCCUAGCACACAGCCAUCUGUCUCAUCUCACUGGGCCUCUACUCUCCCUCCUUCUCAACUCACCCAGCCAGACCCAGCCCAGGGACCAGGCAUAAUAAAACCUUAACUGGGAA